CCUCUCUCUCUACGCAUGACCAUGCACUGAAAGAACUCCAUCACUGAGCUGAUUCAGGACUCGAAACGGCACCGAGUUGUGUUUGUCGCUUGCAGUCCGGCCGGAUGCCUCCACAGUCGUGAUUAUCUCUCGAUAAAAAAACGGAAUAUUCAACCCGCGUCUGCACAGAGUUGUUGCUUCUUAGAGCGCCCGCGUGCGAUGAACCUGGAGCGCAGUGACAGAGGGGAGCGGCCGCUACCUCGAGGCCCAGACAUGGAGGCUCGAACUGGGGGGAAGAUGGGCAAGAUGUCCGUGGGCUUCCAGAGGAGCUCCACGUCGGACGACGACUCCGGGUGUGCGUUGGAGGAGUACGCAUGGGUGCCACCGGGACUCAGACCCGAGCAGGUCCAGAUGUAUUUCUCCUGCCUGCCGGAGGACAAGGUGCCGUACGUCAACAGUCCGGGAGAGAAGCACAGGAUCCGACAGCUCCUUUACCAGCUGCCGCCACAUGACAACGAGGUGCGCUAUUGCCACUCUCUAAGCGAGGAGGAGAAGAGGGAGCUCCACAUGUUCAGCACCCAGAGAAAGAGGGAGGCGCUGGGGAGAGGAACACCCAAGAUCCUCCCGCGAGCUCUGCAGCACACCCGCUGCGAAAACUGUUGUGGAGGCAUCAACGGAGGGGAGAUGGCAAUCUUCGCCUCCAGAGCAGGACCAAGCCCCUGCUGGCACCCGGCAUGCUUUGUGUGCGCCACAUGUCAGGAACUGCUGGUGGAUCUGAUCUAUUUCUACCAAAAUGGCAAAAUCCUCUGUGGAAGACACCACGCUGAGCUUCUCAAACCACGAUGCUCUUCUUGUGAUGAGAUCAUCUUUGCAGAUGAGUGCACUGAAGCAGAAGGCCGUCACUGGCACAUGAAGCACUUUGCCUGUUUUGAGUGUGAGACGAUGCUGGGAGGGCAGCGGUACAUCAUGAAAGACGGACGGCCCUACUGCUGUGGCUGCUUUGAGUCACUGUAUGCAGAGUACUGCGAGGCCUGUGGCGAAAACAUUGGUGUUGAUCAUGCCCAGAUGACCUAUGAAGGUGUACACUGGCACGCCACUGACCAGUGCUUCUGUUGUGCCCAGUGUAAGACGUCUUUGCUGGGCUGUCCCUUUUUGCCCAAGCAAGGCCGCAUCUAUUGCUCAAAGGCCUGCAGCCAGGGGGAAGAUAUUCAUGCCUCAGAUUCGUCCGAUUCUGCGUUUCAGUCUGCCCGUUCACGUGAAUCGCGACGCAGUGUCCGCAUGGGGAAGAGCAGCAGGCCUGCUGAACAGUGGAGACAGUCUCAGCUGUUUAAUCCUCCUCCAACUGUCCCUUCGUUUGAGCACAAGUUUGGAGAUGGCGAGGGUGAUGGAGAUGCAGAUGGCGACAUUGAUAUUGUUGGGCGUAAGCUGGCCCGUCUUGGCCUGGAAGAGGAGAGGUUCUGGAGGGAGCGGGAGGAGCAGGACGGCGGGGGAGAGGAGGAUCCAGAGGAGUGGGCUCAGCAUGAGGACUAUAUGACUCAGCUCCUGCUUAAGUUUGGUGACCACGGGAUGCUAAACCAACUUCAGCAGCCAUCCCUAAAAUCUCCCAGUCCUACUAGUGACAGAAACAGGCUAAUAAGUGAUCCCUGGCUAAAGCCUGAUUCUACAUCUAUGGGGAUCUCUGCCUCCUCUCCCACCCCUGCCAGUCCCACCCAGAGUCAGACUUCCAGUCAGUCCCGAGCCAACAGCCUCAGCCCUGGAUUGAUGAGCAAGAAGCACCUGCCUGAAAUGUACUGGGCGCAGUCGCAGGAUGGACUGGGAGACUCAGCCUACGGGAGUCAUCCAGGUCCUGCCAGUGCCAGAAAGAUCCAAGAGCUGGAGCUGGACCAAGAUCAGGAGCAGUCUGUGGCAGGAAGACAAGCUUUCUGGACAGACACCAGGCAGUGGUAUGAAGACUCCCUAGAGUGUAUUGCUGAUGAGCUGAGGAAGGUUGAGAAGGGCGUUGGAGACUCUAUGGACUCCCUGGCACUUUCAAAUAUCACUGGUGCAUCAGUGGAUGGAGAUGGUCGGGAUAGACCUGUCGUCUACACUCUAGCCUUGCAGGAUCCCUCAGUGCCAGAUGACCCUGAAAAGAUGAGCAACAUGGGAACGUUUAAUUCAUCUCAUCUUCAUCAUAGUGCCAACUCUCUCAACGUCGACAAAGCAGAUGAGGAGGCAGAGGAGGAGGUAGCACUUGCAAUGAGGGGAGGCACCCCGGGGGGAAUCCUCGCACUGUCCCCACAUUCAGAAGGCCUCACUCCCUCCUUUGUUCAUGCCCCAGCUCUGAGGAGGAGCAAGUCCCAGUCCAGGCCUCCUCAGGUGGUCAAGUUCUCAGAGGACACUGUGGACAAUGGAUAUAAUGAUGGAUAUGAGGUCAAUAUUAGAAAACAUCCCAUGAGCGAGAAGCCGCAGAGGAGGGCAUACUGCCCAGAAGAGAUGGGAAGAGAAAGAACCCGCCCUACAAGCCACCAUGGUCGCAGCAGGCAGCACCACCACCGGCAAGGUCGGCACCACAGGAGCCGCAAAACCCGCUCGGAUAACGCCCUUCACAUGGUGCCUUUGGAGAAAGCACAGAGGCCAUAUGAGCCCCAACAGCAGGGCCUGGUAAACCCUCCAUGUGGUGCUAUGCUCCUUCAGCAUCCCCCACACAGGCUGCCACUGGCCUACUCCCACACCCGGUCGGACUAUAUGCUUCGGAGCUCAACCCGAAGUGACCCACGGGUUGAGCAAUUCAUGGGUAUCUACAGAGAUGAAGAUGAGUGGUGCUCUACUUGCUCUUCCUCAUCGUCGGACUCUGAGGAGGAGGGUUAUUUCCUGGGCCAGCCAAUCCCUCAGCCUCGACCUGCUGGGCGCUAUUAUGCAGAGGACUACCCAACAAGGGUCACAGCCCUGUCGCCACAGAGCCUUGGCCCACAGACUAGUCGCCGGAAGAGCCACCGUUCCAAAAACUGUAUUAUUUCUUAACAGCGUGGAGUGUACUUACAUUAUAAUCUGCACUACACUAAGCAAUACAGUCAAGAUUUUCUGAUUAUACUGCAUGAUAUUUUACAUCUGGGGUAAGGGAGGCAGCACUAACAGUUGAUGCAUGGCCAGACAUCAAGAUGCAUAUCAUAUUCCAGUACAAAAUCUACUGAAAGAAGAAAUCUUCAAUUUGAACUGCUAAGGUGGAAACGAGAACAUGAAGCUGUGCAACAUAUAGUCAGAAAAUCACUUAUUGUGUGUGUGCAAAGUCGGCUCAGAUUCUGGGUCUUACUGAAUUUUAGCACUAAUAAGAUGCAUGGACUGAUAAAGUUGGAAGCCUUUGUUUUGACAGUGCAGACCACAGUUAUGUACAGUUGGCAGUGGAGACAUUAAACUUGUUCUUUGAUUUCAGCUUUUGCCAUUACGUUUUUGUUUUUGUUUUUUAAAUGGUUUAUGUUCAGUUAAGUUUUGCAGCAGUAUCUUUGUGAGCAUUCAAACGACAAUGCUAUUGUACACAGAGGUUGGUAAUUAAAAGUAGAAAAUAGAAACUAACCAAAUAAUUAUUUAAUGCAUAAUAGUACAAAAUGAAAAUGUAUAUACUAAGUUAAGAUUUUAAUACUGGUAUUUUUAUAUCCACGGUUGAAAGAAUUGUUCCGUUUGAAGUGUAUGAUUAAAAAAAAAAUAGCAGUUGUAUUAGUGAGGUGACUUCUGUAAUAUUUUAUGAGAAACAACAAAGAAGGUGCAUUAACAGUAAAGUGCCAUGUUAUCCAGACACAUCUGCCACAAUAUAUAUUCCACAGUACUCAAUAUUGGUGUAAAAACUAUAAACCGACUGGCAGUCAAGCCCAGCUACCAUUGCUCUGACAUAACCAGCAAAAUGCUUUGUGAUGUAAAGAUGCUUGUAAUAAAUAUUUUUCUCCAAAGCUUCAAAAA